UUUGUCUCUGUGAGCAGAACAAUAAAGUUACUCGAAAGGAGGGCUUCAAAAACAUGGCGCUUUUUUAAGACAGAAAAGUGUGAAGGAGGAAAAAGAGUGUGAAAGGGAAGAAGUGUGAGGGCAGCAUGGGGGUCGCAAUGGACGUGAAGAAGGUUUAUCCUUACCCUUUUAAGGAGGUGGUGACCAGUUACCUGAACAAGUAUCCAACACCUUUAGAGAAACAUGUUGCAUCUAUCAAAACUGUAGACGAACAAUCGGACCCAGAAACUGGCAUUGUGUACAGGCGGAGGAUUGCAGCUUGCAAUAAUGUUGUUCCAUCGUUUCUAAGAAGGUGCAGUAUCUUAAAAGUGGAAAAUAUAUACAUGGAAGAAGAAUCUUGGCUGGAUAUGAAAGCAAGAGUGAUGACUCUAAAGAGCCGCUGUUUAACAUGGACCCAGUAUGCAUCCAUGAAUGAGGAGUCUGUGUACAAGGAAUGUGAAGAGAAUCCAAACUGGACAGAAUUUAUUCAGAGAGGGACCAUAUCGAUCACUGGCGCCGGAUUACUCAACCGUGUUCUGGAAACCUUUGCACAAGCAUUUUUAAAACAAGGAAUCAAAAAGAGUAUUUCCAUCAUGGAGGUGAUUCUUCAGGAACGAUAUGGUUGCCCUUUCUCCUAACCUGGGUCUGUUGACUCCUUGUGGAAUUACAUGACGGAGUAUAAAAUUAUUUGGGCUUUUUUAUCUAUGGUAUUUUAUAAGGACUUGCAAAUGUUUUCAUUGCCAAUGCACUUGAGAAGUGAUCUGUCAGUUUUAAUGGCUCAUUUACCUCGAACUUCCCAACUGCUAUUUAGGAGCCCAUCUGUAAAGACUUCAGAGUGCAGAAGAAAUUCACAUACACUUGGAGAAAUCGAUGCACAAACUGCGAGAGCUAUGCAGUAACAUGGAUCCGUCCAGGAGUCAAAAUCUGACAUGUUUUUCCUCAAUGCUUCUAUCAUUGUUCUGUAUUUUGUCUUUUACAAGAGAAACCUCAUACAAGUACUGUGUGACUUGCACAUUCCAAGAUGAGUGAUGUAAAAUUUGGGGAAAUGGGCCUGUUCUUUUGGAGCCUAAACGGAGCAUUUUAAAGGCCAAUUUCAUCUUUGGUGAACAAACAUUGCUGGAAUGGAGACAAAGGAAAGUAGAGCAUUAGGUUGCAUGUACCCAGCAUUUAUUAAAGGGUAACUUCACUUGUUAUGUUGUACUGAAAAAGUACUGUUUUAUAUUUAGACUGUGCAAAAAAAUUCUAUGCAGCACUAAAGCUGGGGUGAAAAUCAGCUUAAAGUGGUUAGACAGGAACUGGCUAGCUUUCGGCCUGUGUGUGCAGCUGUCUGCUCUUACGACAAGCUGCUGUCAAACGUGUAUGCUGGGAAGCACUGUUCGGUGUGAUCUGGCGGGGGGUGUGCGAGCAAGUGCCCCUGUCAAACACAAUAGUACAGCAGAGGAGAUCGCUGCAUUAACAUCGCUUGUGUUAGUGUGGCGAUCUCUCAUUUUUUUUCCGUUGUACAAAAAUAAACUUAUAGUUUACCCAGCUUAAGGCAACACUCAUCCAACACAUAUGCGCUUCAGUGCACCAUAAUACACAGUAAUGCACGAACGUUCAUUGCAGUGCACUGUGUCAGGGAAAAAGAAGCGCAAGUCUGAUACAUAGUCUGUUCUGGCAGCCAAUUAAAAAUAAAAAAAAUAGCUGUCUUGACGCAACACACGUAUUGUGUGUUAACCAUGGAAUAACCCGCAAAGAUGUAAUGGUCCCUAUUAGCACUUCUGUUCUUGUUCAUGAAAAAUUCAGUUCAACUACAUUUUUAAAAAAAAUUACAAUAAUAGUUUUAGUUUAAGGAUUGUGAACCUUGUGUGAGACUGUUGGUCUCCAGAACACAAAGGGCUUGCUUUCUCAAGUACUAUUUGUUUUUUAAUUUUCUAUAAUCUCUUACAUUUUUUAUGAAUAUACAUUUUAAGUAAAGCCAUGGAAAACAUUUUUUUUUUAAGUCAUUGGAUAUACAGGGGAAUAGUUAGAGCAGCCUAUCUCAACCUAACAUAACUUUAAAGUGUCAUUAAACGCAGACUAUGAUAUACUGUCAUUACAUGCUAUAUAACCGUGUUCAUGCUCACAAAGCCACAUUUGUUUUGUGUGAAAUAUACCCUCAUUGAUCCUG